CCUGCACCAGGAAGAGCUUGACUAUUUUCAGUCAAAAAGUCUACCGCUCACCCGCUCCAACCUCAAUUUCGACUCAUAAAUCCACUAAAAAAGUGCUGUACAUAUUCCCUUCUGUUGGAACCAGAUAAACACUCUGAAUCACAUUCUCCUCAGACAAAUUUAUUGUGCAACGUUCCUAUUCAGACCCUGUGACUCAGAUCCGGUCUCCAUUCAACCCCUCCAUUUCCUUUUCACGCCUUCUUCCAGUGCCUCUUCAAUCAAUAUGCCCUCCCUCUCGGGCUCCCAGACCCCCGUUGAAAUGAGCGAAGAUGUCCGCGUUCUCGGCUAUGACCCUCUCAUCCAACCUGCUCUCCUGCAGGCCGACGUUCCAGCCUCUCAGACAUCCAUUGAAACAGUGUCUCGUGGGCGUCGCGAAUGCAAAAACAUCAUUCACCAGCGAGACGAUCGCCUGCUGGUGAUGGUCGGCCCUUGCUCCAUCCACGAUCCUGCCACAGCCUUGGAAUAUGCCGAGAGAUUAAAGGCUCUCGCUUCCAAACUUUCCUCCGAUCUCUGCAUCAUCAUGCGGGCAUACCUGGAAAAACCUCGCACCACCGUUGGCUGGAAAGGUUUGAUCAAUGACCCUGACAUUGACGAAUCCUACAAGAUCAACAAAGGCCUCCGAGUCUCUCGACAGCUCUACGCUGAUCUGACAAACAUGGGCGUCCCCAUUGCCAGCGAAAUGCUCGACACCGUUUCCCCACAAUUCCUCGCAGACCUCAUCUCCCUCGGCGCCAUUGGUGCUCGAACUACCGAAUCCCAGCUCCAUCGAGAACUUGCCUCCGGGCUCUCCUUCCCAGUGGGCUUCAAAAACGGCACCGAUGGUUCUCUGUCCGUGGCCAUUGAUGCUGUCGGUGCUGCGGCCGCUAAACAUCAUUUCAUGGGGGUCACCAAGCAAGGCCUAGCUGCCAUCACUAAGACAUCUGGCAACGAAGAUGGCUUCGUCAUUCUAAGAGGAGGAUCCAAGGGUACAAACUUCGACCCAGAAAGUGUCAAGGCUGCCCGUGCCGCUCUCAAGGCCAAAUCCCAGCGUGAGGUCAUGAUGAUUGACUGCUCACAUGGAAACUCCAAAAAGGACCACCGAAACCAACCAGGCGUCGCCCAGGUGAUUGGUGACCAGUUAAGGCAAGGAGAAGAUGCAAUUGUCGCAGUCAUGAUCGAGUCCAAUAUCCAUGAAGGAAACCAAAAAACCCCCACCGAGGGUGGCCUCGCCAGCCUCCGCAAGGGAGUCAGCAUCACCGAUGCUUGCAUCAACUGGGAAACCACGGUCGAAGUGCUGGAACAGUUGGCCGACGCCGUCAGAGUCCGCAGACAAGUCAGAGCCAAAGCACUCAAUGGUGCAAAUGGUGUAAAUGGUCACCAUUGAGCCUCUGCAUCUCAUCACCAAUCUUUGCAAAGUCCCACCCGUAUUGCAUCUUUGUGUAGGCGCCAAAAGCAUGCUACCCCAUAAUAUUUGUUCUAGGUUGCUCAUUCCUGGUUUGCUUUCCUACAAAAGACAUAGGUCUGGAAAAAAUAAAUCGCUCGGCUCAUCAGAAAACGUCU